AUGGCACCCAGCGACAAGGUGUUCGAUAUCUUCGAACUAACACAACUCAUAGCCGAGAACCUCUCCCAACACGACCUGGCCCUCUGCAGCCUCGUCAACAAAUCCUUCCUCAACACCUUCGCCCCCCAUCUCUGGCACUCCAUCACCAUCCAUCAAAACGAUUCCAUCCCCAAAUUCGAAACCCCCGAAGGACGCGCAGGACUCCUCCGCAACGGACAUCACAUCCGUGUACUCCGAGUAUACGACCCUAUCGCCCUCGAACCCUUUGUCGAAUCCGGAAUCACUUGCACAAACCUGGUCUUCCUCGACGCCACCCACAGAGCUGAUCGAUAUACAGGAGGGGUGGCCACUACCAGGACUUUAGCCAUGCUUUCGAAGGGGAGGAGUGAAGGGUCGCUCAGUGUUGGGCAGAGUCAGGUUUCUCGCACAGCAUAUUUUCCUGCGAUGUCUGUUUUCCCCCCUCCCUCGACUGGAACUGGGUUGUUCGACGCUUCUGACUCCGUGACAGCAGGAUUCCUUUCUCCUAGCAAAAGAGUGCGUAGUCGUGCCGAGUUGCAGAGUGAUGGCGAGACAUAUCUGGUGUCUGUUCUUGAGCGCAGCCCGCAGCUGGAGUUCCUGGUUGUUCCUUCGCACUGUCUGGAUUGUCAGUCAAUCGUCAAGGUCGCUGGAGAGUCACUCCUGUUGCUAAAAGAGUUUUAUUCAGAAGACGAUCUCUGGAAACGCGGCCCAGCCACCUAUUUCUCGCUGGGGGUGCAGUCCGGGAGGACUCAGACUCAGACCGGUACCGUCGUAGUGGCUAUGGAGGGGUACCUCCAGUGCACCGACGGUGAACUGUUGCAUCCACUCCUGAACGACUAUCCGAGGUUGAGAGAGAUGCAGAUGGGAAUAUCUGAGAGAGUCAAUCAUGACGCGCUGGAGGGGAUCCGUUUGGCCGACAGAGGUUUUACGCACUUGAAUAUGUCCCAUGGUCACCCGUCGCAUGUCACCCAGAUCCUGAUGCGCGCUCCACCUUUGAAACACAUCAUGCUGACGCUGGAUGGUCGUGCUCGUAUAACCUACGCCAGCGACAAUACCGCCGUCAAGGAUGCAUUCCUCAGGCACGCACCGACAUUGGAGUACCUUUCGACCGCCGACUGUGACUUUUCGAAAGACAUCCUUCACGCCAUACUAUGCUCCAGCCCGACUCUACGCACCCUCAAGGCCAUUGAAGAAGAUCUCGGAUAUCGGCCCUACCAGGAUGUAGAACUGGAUGCCUUGCAGAUAAUCGACAGUUCCUGGGCGUGCAACCAGGUCGAGGUGUUCGAGUGCAAGAUCCUUAAUGUCCCGCGCCCAGACAUCGUCAACAUUCCAUUGGGCGACGUAUUUCUCGUUCCUCCUAUUCCUAUUCCUCCUCCUGGUCCUGCUACAGCUCAAGACCAAGUCCCAUUGUCGGGCAUUAUGCUUGUCGCGCAGCAAGAGAGCCACGCUGUCCAACGAAGAGUCCUCAGACAACUGGGGCAAUUAACCCACCUCCAGAAGCUGCAUCUGGGAAAACACUGUCGUGACUGGGACAAUCCCGAGUACUCGCGGUUGGAGAUCCGUGGUAUCCGUACAAUGGCCGUCGAUGAAUACUUUGAUCGCAAUUGCUUGGAACUCUCCCUCGAGAGCGGACUCGACGAGUUGGCCGGAUUGAAGCAGUUGGAGGAAUUGGAUGUCGCCCAGAUGGCACACCGGAUCGGGUUGGUUGAGGUUCAGUGGAUGGUGGAGAACUGGCCAAGACUGAGGACAAUUAGCGGUCUGAGGUACCGGGACUGUGAUGGAGAAGUGUAUGGCUAUCCAGUCGGUGUUGCUGGUUCUCUUGAGGAGAGCGAACCAGAGAAUGUCAAAUGGAUUAGAGAGAACAGACCUGAUAUCCAGCUAAACUAA